AUAUGAGUUCAUUCGGUGUUUCGAUUUCUCGGAUGAAACAUUCAAGGACGUAUGCUUCUGUCCAACCUCUUAUGUUAAUAGUCAUUUAUCUUGCUUCAAUGGAGAUAGCUUGUCUUUGCUACAACAAGGCAGAUCAUCAAGAAACAUUGAGGUGUGGGUUUCAAGCAAGUUGGGUGAUGGUGAUGUCUCGUUUAGCAAAUAUUUCAGUUUGUCCGGUCCUGGUCUUCGGCCGGCGUUACAGGUCCGUGAUGAUGCUAGUCCUGUAUACUGUUUUGUGAAGCCUAAGAGCAGGGGCGGUCCUGGGCACAGCGGACUGAAACACCGGCUUAGGGCCCCCAAAAUUUUUAAAAAAAUUUACAUAAGAAGGGGCCCCUAAAUUUGUAAAAAAAUUUCUUUUUUUAAAACUCUUACUAAACUGUUUUAGGCCCCCAGCAUCUCAGGGACGCCCCUGCCUAAGAGUGUCAUCGUAUGGUUCGUGGGAGUUGAAGGAAAAGGUGAUAAGGUUCGUAAUUGCCUUACGCUUUAUGAGAUUGAUGAGGAUGGGGUGAGAAAUGAAAAGGUGACAGAACGUGACGACGUGCAUGAAUAUUCUCGCGCCUUCGUUUGUGGCUAUGUGUAUGUUCCAAGUCUAGUCCCUCUUCCAUGAAUAAGAGAUUAAGGUUUUGUUUUGUGUUCUAAGCUUUAGUUUCUGGUCUUUGUUUGUUGAUCUUGUGCACUGUAAAGAUGUUACUAAUAUUGGUUUUGGUUUUGCACUGUAUUAUAAUUAAACUGAUACAGUUGUAGUCUUAAAUACUAUAAACUUUUUUGUGCACCUUUACUUGUUUAAUAUGUACAAAGUAACUUAUAUAUGUAUAUUCGUAGCUUAUUAAUAAUCUGUACUCUUAACAGGUUGAUAACGAAGUUGUCGUAUGAUUUCACAAGAUAAGCACAAUUUAUGUUUAUCAUUAAGAGAAAAAUCAAAAAUGGGUGAAGAUGAUGAUUCGUGUGGACCAAGUCUUUAGCUUGCCUUAUUGGUAAAGUAUCCUUCUGCAAGGAAACGUAUAUGUCACUCUUUUUGUGUUUUGUUUCACAUUCCAUAUUCUAUCAUUAACUUUCUGUUUUCUGGAUAUAAUAAGAUACCUAACUAGAGAUAUACAAUUCACCUAGUAUAAAAAGGGAAAUUCAAUUCAUUUUUGUAACAAUUUUAUUUUUAUUUUUAAAUUCUUUGAUAAUGCGUUGGAUCGUUAAAAAAAAACAACUAUAGGUUAAAACGACAGUGAUUCCUUAACAAAACGACAAAAGUACGCAGUGUUUUCUAGGGCUUACUGCAAAUGGAAAAUGAAAAAUUGAAAAAAAUGGAAUUGAAAAUCAAAAUCGGAAUCGCAAAAUCCGAAAUAGCCGUCGAAAAAGAAACAAAUUUCUUGCAAUUGAAGUAACCUUUUACUCUUCUUCCUCUUAAAAUCAAAACCCAACUCCUCUCUCUCUCUCUCCCUGUUCAGGUUUGGGGGAAAAGGUAGAUUUUUUUUUUAAGGGUCUUUUUGCAUUCGAUGGGUCGCGAAUCAGUGUCUGCUGUGUCUUCUCCGCCGACGACGACGGCCACUGCGGUGGCGACGGCGCUUGCUCCUGGGUUUCGAUUUCAUCCCACUGACGAUGAGCUAGUGAGCUAUUACUUGAAGCGGAAGGUUCUGGGUAAGCCUGUGCGGUUCGAUGCGAUUGGGGAUGUGGAUAUCUACAAGCAUGAGCCGUGGGACUUGGCAGUGUUUUCGUGGUUGAAGACAAGGGACCAGGAAUGGUACUUCUACUGCGCGUUAGACAAGAAGUACGGCAACGGCGCUAGGAUGAACCGAGCAACCAACAAAGGCUACUGGAAAGCAACUGGUAAAGACAGAGAAAUCCGCAGUGACGUUCAGAUCCUCGGUAUGAAAAAGACGCUCGUUUUCCACAGCGGGCGUGCUCCAGAUGGGCUCCGAACCAACUGGGUCAUGCACGAGUAUCGCCUUGUGGACUAUGAGACCGAAAACAAUGGAAACCCGGUGCAAGAUGCAUAUGUGUUGUGCAGAAUAUUCCACAAGAAUAACAUUGGGCCACCAUGUGGGAACAGAUACGCGCCGUUCAUGGAAGAGGAAUGGGACGGUGAUGGAGCAGCUCUGAUUCCAGGAGUAAACGUUAGUGUCAGGGUAGAGCCACUGCCAGUAGCCAAUGGAAACAUUCAGAUGGACCAGUCAGAAAGCAAGGGACUCAUUAACAUCAACGAGCCACCAAGAGAGGCUACUCCAAUGGAUAUCGAAGUUAAUCAUCAGGAGAUUGCCCUCAAGCCGCAUGAGAAUAACAAUGAUGAAGAUGAGAAAGCACUCAGACGUGAGAAUGCAGAUAAGGAUGAGGGUCCUCCUGCCGUGUGCGUUCUCAACAAAGAAGCUCCGUUACCUCUCAUCCAAUACAAACGCAGACGCCAAAACGAGUCUAGCAACAACAACUCAAGCAGGACCGCAGAGGAUUACUGUUCGUCCACAACAACAACCGUCGACAACACACCAACCUUAGUCUCAUCGUCUACUACUGCUGCUGCCACCAACAGCGCCAUCUCUGCAUUGCUUGAGUUCUCUCUCAUGGGUAUCUCCAAGAAGAAAGAAAACCUUCUACGUCCUCACAAGGAAGCUACACUUGAGGAGAAGCUUAAUGAUCUCCAGAAGGAGAGUAAGCAGAUGUCUGAUGAGAGAAAAAGUUUCAAGCUCGAGAUGAUGGGUGCAGAGGCUAUGAUCAGUAUUCUCCAGUCGAGGAUCGAUGCACUGCGCCAGGAGAACGAUGAGCUGAAGAAGAACAACAACAGCGCCAAUGGACACUAAUUUUAUUCUUCUUUGCCGUUUUAGCUGUUUAAUUUCCGUAAUAUUAGGAGUUAUCUAUGUAGCUUCUUCAGAUGGAUUGAGAACUUUGUUAGGUGUUUAUUUUUCUUUCUGAUGUUUCUACAUCUUUUGAGAACAUUCUAAGGUUACUCCACUGUAAUAUACUAUCAUCUAGUCUUUUCAGUCAAGAACUCUUUUAAUCUGUCUCAA